GAGAGCAGUGUUGUGUAUUAUAAUGAUUUCAAACAUAAUAAAUGUUACCUACACAUUACUUUUCCUGUCUUGACGAUUCUGAUGAUGCUCUUAUCUUUCACUCGCUAAUUGCGUGCUCAUCUUUUCAAAGUUUCAUUUUCAGAGACAGAUUGCCAACGUUACGAGAACGUCUGCUUAUAUUAACUACGUUGUCAGUUCUUCUGUACGGAAGUUACGGGGUCGGUCUAUAUGACUCAACGAAGCCCGACCCAAGUCAGAGCAUCAGGGUGUCGCCAAUUCGACGACGAGGAAGCGGUCGCCGUAAUCACGUGUGCCCGAAGUGCGGUAAUGGUUACACCGUGAUCAAGAGUCUCAGGCGACACUUGCGCUAUGAAUGUGGUCUGACCCCGAGGUUCAAGUGCCCUUACUGCGGCACUCGCAGCAAGCAACGCGGCCACGUGAGCCAGCAUAUACGCAGGAAGCACUCCGGUCAGCGCAUCUAUAUCAUCGACUCGCCCUGAUGAGGCUUCAUCCAGUAUUCCCUCUAACGAAACGUUCCUCUUCCUUUGGCGACACACGUUAGCAAAUACGAUUGUCGAUGUAUAGUCUGACAAUCUUGUUUUAUUAUUCUUGAUUUUAUCUCUUUCGACAUGUUUGAUCUAUCGACACUCUUGUUGGUGAAUCGAUAUUACGUGUAAUUGUAAUUGUCGUUUUGUUAACUGUGCUUAAUGGAAUAAAACAUUUCCACGACAUUCUACUGGUUUUUGAGAAAGUCGUUUCAUUUCCAUUCACUUUAUACAACAAACGCUUGCAUUGAUAGCUCGUCGGAACAAUCUGGACGCAUUUCGUGGUUUGUUGACGAACAAGCUAAACAGGUAAACGGAGAUCUUUGCGCGAGCUUGAACUCCUCGGGGUCAGGUGACGGGAAUAAUUCGCGAUAACACUCGCAAGCGUCUCCAUGAUCUUCUCAUUUUUUAUCUCUUUCUCCUUCACGCUCGGAACCAGCGCAUCUUAAUUAUCUAGCUAACUCCGCGUCCUGUCGAUUUU